AUGUUUUUGAUCUCGCUAGGUUGGCAGCCUCGGUGGUUUGUUUUAGACAAUGGGAUAUUGUCAUACUAUGAUUCACAGGAUGAUGUUUGCAAAGGCAGCAAAGGAAGUAUAAAGAUGGCUAUGUGUGAAAUAAAAGUUCAUACAACAGACAACACAAGAAUGGAGCUAAUCAUCCCAGGGGAACAGCAUUUCUAUAUGAAAGCAGUUAAUGCAGCCGAAAGGCAAAGGUGGCUUGUAGCACUAGGGAGUGCAAAAGCCUGUUUAGCAGAUACCAGAACUAAAAAAGAAAAAGAAAUAAGUGAGACCAAUGAAUCUCUUAAAACCAAAAUGUCUGAACUUCGUCUCUACUGUGAUCUUUUAAUGCAGCAAGUUCAUACAAUACAAGAAUUUGUUCACCAUGAUGAGACUCGCUCUCCUCCCAGCAUUGAGAACAUGAAUGAAGCUUCUUCCUUGCUUAGUGCAACAUGUAAUACAUUUAUCACAACACUUGAAGAAUGUGUGAAGAUCGCUAAUGCCAAGUUUAAGCCAGAAAUGUUCCAGCUGCCUCACCCUGAUCCCUUAGUUUCUCCUGUGUCGCCAUCACCUGUCCAAAUGAUGAAGCGUUCCAUUAGCCACCCUGGUCCUUGCUAUUCAGAAAGGAAUAAUCACUCUGUAAAAGAGCCAAUUUCAUCCCUUCACCGAUUUUCACAGCGGCGCAGAAGAACAUACUCGGAUACAGAAUCUUAUAGUGAUAAUCCCUUUGAAGAUUCUCAGAGAUCUGCUCACUGUUCUAGAAGUGCUGUCAAUGGAGAUCUGGUAUCAUCAACCAUUCCUGAAGAAAAUAAAUCAGUAUCAAAGGAAAGAUCUGAACUGGAAGAGACUCUUUCAUCCUUUUCUUCUUGAAGAAACUGAAAUUAUUCAAUUUUCUAUAAAUAAUGCUAUGCAAAGGCUGCUGUAAUUACACUGUUGUUAUAGGAAGUAGUCAUUUCCCUUUUUAGAAGGAUUUCUCUGCACUUUAUAGAAUAACAUAAAAACUAUCUUUGAAGUGUAUUUUAUCUUUGUAUAGUUUAUUUGCAAGAGUAUUUUCCUAAUAUUUCACAGUUUGAAUGUGCAUUUUUUGGAACAAAUGAUGGCUUAACAGAUAAGCGUUCGCAUUUGUAUAUGUAGCUCUUUUUAAAAAGUGUGAAGGUCUGA